AUGUUAUGCUGCGGCGGUGUGGAGGAGGAGCCCGACGGUCCACCUCCAAACCAAUAUACAGCCCCACCAAUAGGAGGGAAUCAAUUCGGUGGCGCUGGUAAUUGCAGUGGAAGAGGAGAGCCAAGGACUUCCAAUGUGGUUAAAAGUGGGGCUCCUCAAAAAGUUCUACCUAUUGAAAUUCCAUCUAUUCCAUUAGAUGAGUUAAACAGGAUGACUGAUAACUUUGGUACAAAAGCUUUGAUCGGAGAAGGUUCUUAUGGCCGAGUUUUCUAUGGGAAGUUAAGUAAUGGUCAGCCUGCAGCAAUAAAGAAGCUGGAUACCGCUUCUUCACCAGAACCAGAUUCUGACUUUGAAGCACAGUUAUCAGUAGUUUCAAGACUUAAAAACGAACAUUUUGUGGAGUUGUUAGGGUAUUGUUUGGAGGCAAAUAACAGAAUCUUGGUAUAUGAGCACGCUACAAUGGGUUCUUUACAUGAUGUCUUACAUGGGAGGAAAGGUGUACAAAGAGCUGAACCAGGUCCAGUUCUCAGCUGGAACCAAAGAGCUAAAAUUGCCUGUGGUGCUGCAAAAGGUCUUGAAUAUUUGCAUGAGAAAGUUCAGCCUUCGAUAGUUCAUCGCGACGUCAGAUCAAGCAAUGUCCUUCUUUUUGAUGACUUCUUGGCCAAAAUUGCCGAUUUCAGCUUAGCAAAUCAAUCUUCUGACACCGCAGCUCGACUGCAUUCGACUAGAGUCUUGGGUACAUUUGGUUAUCAUGCCCCUGAGUAUGCUAUGACAGGGCAUAUAACGCAGAAAAGUGAUGUAUACAGUUUUGGAGUUGUUCUUCUUGAGCUCUUGACAGGGAGAAAACCAGUAGACCAUACAAUGCCCAAAGGACAACAGAGUCUUGUUACUUGGGCAACUCCAAGGUUAAGUGAAGACAAGGUUAAGCAAUGUGUGGAUCCCAAGCUAAACAAUGAAUACCCACCAAAGGCAAUUGCCAAGCUAGCAGCAGUUGCAGCACUUUGUGUACAGUAUGAGGCAGAUUUCCGGCCAAACAUGACAAUUGUUGUCAAAGCUCUUCAGCCUCUUCUUAAUGCAAAACCGGCAGGAGCAGACUCUCAAGCAUAAUAUAUAUUGAAGACAAUAUUCUGACCUAAUAAGCAGUACCCAGGUUGGCUUAGUUGUAACUCUCUGUUCAUGUUUUGUUAUCUCAUUACUUAAAGUGUUUACUUUUAAUUGAAGACAAUAUUCUUUCCUUGGAGAUUCAAGCUAGAUAAGGAUUAGAGAAAAGUGAAGCACU